GCCGAGCCGAUCCCGCUCUGGUGGACCUCCGACUUCAUCAACUCCUCCCCCGUGGGCACCGCGGCCAAGGACGAAAAGUGGAUCGUCGGUGAGUUCAACUGCUCCUGCGUGGGCAUCUCCAAGUGCCUCGCGGCCUACUGCAACGACGAGAGCCCGAACGCCUGCUUCAGCGACAUCGCCAAGAAGGAUCAGGCCGAGGUGAAGAAGAUCGGGGACCUCGUGGGCACGAAAGCGCUGGGCAUCCUGAUCAAGGCGGCCAAGGAGAAGGGGAAGCCCGCCGGCGUCGGCGACUACUUCUCCGGAGGGCCGGUGGACGUCUCGUCCCUUACAAGGGUCACCAAGGACGACCUGGGCCUGCUGCCGCAGCCGGCCAAACCACGUUUCAAGACCGCGCUGGUGGGGUGCUACGUCCGCAGCGCCGACUACGGCGGCAGCGAUAAGAGCUCCAACGGGCACCGCUACGACUCCAUUCCUUUCGCCAACGGAAUGAUCAUGGCUGGCAUGAGCUGCCAGCUGAUCAGCUACGUCCACCAAGACCACGCCAAGUUCUUCGAGGUCUGUAAGUCUUUCGACGCGCUGAUCGUCCGUUGCAAUCCUGGCCAGAUCAAAGCGGACGGUGGUGACCAGGGUAAGUUCGAUGACUCGAUGCGCGAUCUGCGCAAGGCGGGCAUCCAGGUUUGGCCUUCUCCCGACGUGAUGGAGUUCAUGGGCGCCAAGGACGCCCUGUGCAAGAUCGCGAAACUGUCGAUGGGACUGGAGGACACGCUGGCCUACUACGACGCGGCCUCCUUCUCAGCGGGGUUCAAGAAGACCAUGAAGUUCCAGCCGCGCGUCAUCAAGCAGAACCGCGGCUCCGCCGGCGAGGGCAUCUGGAUCAUCAAGCUCAAGUCCGGAGAGUACUGCAGCUCCUUCGGGGAGAAGAGCGCCGCCGACGACGAGAAGCUGGACCUGAUGGAGGCCAACGACAACCACUCCGAGGAGCACACCGUGGCCGAGUUCAUCGAGUUCUGUAUCAACGGCCGCACGGCGAAGUCUGGCGAGUGGACCUCGAAGGGCGUCGGCAAGUACCUGGAGGGGGGCAAGGCGGCUGGCGGCCAGCUGGUGGAUCAGCGCUUCUGCCCGCGCAUCGUUGAGGGCGAGCUCCGCUACAACAUGGUCGGCGACACCCUCCUCGGCAUCAUCCACAAGAAGCCCAAGGAGGGCGGCAUCUCCGCCGUGGGCGGCACGGGCUCGAUCUACACGUACUACGGCCCCAGGGAGAAAAAGUUCGAGAGCCUCACCAAGACCUUCACUGGCGACGACCUGUCGAAGAUCAUGCCCGCCCUUGGCCUGGAGUCUGAGCCGAUCCCGCUGUGGUGGACCUCCGACUUCAUCAAUUCCUCCCCCGUGGGCACGCCCGCCAAGGACGAGAAGUGGAUCGUCGGCGAGUUCAAUUGCUCGUGCGUGGGCAUCUCGAAGUGCCUCGCCGCUUACUGCAAGGACGACACACCGAAUGCCUGCUACACCGACAUAUCCAAGAAGGACCUCGUCGAGGUCAAGCGCAUCGGCGCCCUCGUGGGCAAGAAGGCCCUCGGCAUCCUGGGCAAGGCCUCCUCGGCGGCGAAGGCGUCCGCCACGGAGGACGCCUUGAAGGCGAUCCUCAAGUCCGUGGACUCCAAGCUCGCUGACAACUCCGUCCUGGUUGACAAGCUCAAGAACUGGAAGCGCAGCUGA